UUAAUUGCCACUCAAACAUCAAACACGUCACGUCAAUUUCCUUUCUUGUUUGUCAAAUACUAAAAUAAAUCCCAAUUAAAUGUUGUUUGUUUUAAAAUAGUCGAAAGAAAAUAGUCAACCGUUCGGUCAACUGAUGGAUAAACCCAAAUCGUCCGUCAUCAACAAGCAAAACAACCCGAAGCCGGUGAACGUCUUCUACGUGUGGUAUACAGAGUUGUGUCGUCGCCUAAACAUUACACCUGCGCCAUCGGUAAAACCGGCCAAACCCAAGUGCCAAACGGUCCUCGAUUUCGUAGCAGAUCGAUUGAAAAUUGAAGAAUGGCCCCCGGUAUUAAACGCCUUAAGGCAAGACACCAGUCUUCACGUGGUCGCUAUAAGAAGCAGGAUAGGAAAUUGCCAGUUUUUACACGAAAUAGACACAGAAGAAAAGGCGAGGGGCGCUAAAAGGAAGUACGGUUGCAUCUGGACCGCGUACGUACUCAAGCAACUCCUCAAGUCGAUCUCAAACUCUUUAAGAUCCACACAGGUACUUACUUAUUUAGAACUAGAUGGUUUACCGUUGUUUAUGCAAUAUCUAGAGCCCUUGCUGCAGGCACUUAAGCGUAACAAGACGUUAAAAACCCUGUCUUUUUCAAAUUGUUCGAUCCAGGAUCAGGGUUGUCAGCUUGUGUGCUCGUAUCUUCGUUUCACCCCCAAUAUAGAGGUGCUCAAUUUAUCUGGAUGUAACCUUUCCCCAGUCAGUGGAGAACACUUGGCCAAACUGAUCAAAUAUCAACAAAUCAACAGGUAUUGCGAAAGCUGGCACAGCUCAUUAAGGUAUGAGAAUCCGGACGCUGGGAAAAUGCGAGGCAUCAAGCGAAUCACGAUCAAUUGCAACCAGUACUUUGGAGAUGCUGGUUUGAAUUUUAUCUUGGACGAGCUCGAGGACGAUUUGUGGGUAAAAGCUUUGGACAUGCAAAAAUGCGGAUUCACAGAGAACGUUUCCAAUAGGAUCAUCGAUAUCGUGGAGUAUAAUAAAACCAUAGAAAUCAUCGAUUUGCGGCAAAACGACUUACUGAACAUGGCCACAGUAGAAAAGGUCUUUCAAAUAUUAAAAAACAGACAGUUUGGAGUGCAACCGGAGUUCCAGUGGUGCGCCACUGCAGUAACUUUAACUUGGUCAUCAGUGUAUUCGUCAACAUCCAAGUCUUCCCUUGCCACCACUGCCCAUAUGAUACAUAAAACAAGAUCUGCCCCCAUGAAGACCGCUUCUUCCAAAGCCAGUGCGGUAACAUGGGAUCCAGCAGUAAAGAAAACAAGAACCCUGGAUUCAUUUCAAAGAGGUACACAGAAGUUUGGCAAUCUAAACGAAACGAAGCAGCAGGUGCUGGAGCUCAAUGACAAACUGCAAAAAGAGAUUCAGCGACGGAAAGUAAUUGAGAAGAAGAACGAGCAGCUGCAGCAGCAGUUGAACAGUAUCAAAACUAGCUCUAACGUAAGUUCUAUGAGGUCUACUACUGUCAAGAGGUUUAGUUUGAGUGCUGAUAGAAGCAAUGUGAGGUUAAAUGGAGUUAAUAAGGAAAUCAUCCCUAAUAAAAGAGUUGAGAUGAAGAAGCCGUUAAUUCAGGCACCCAUACUGGUCAGGAGAAAACAUUCCAAGAAUCCCGAGGCGGAUAAGGCACCACCAAAGGUGCUUAAGAACGGCUUUUAUAAAAAUAACUUAUCAAAUGGCAGUAACGUCUACAAUAUCUUGGAGCAACUGCUGAAUACAGGGCAACCGAUCGAGAGGAACGUGGAAGAAGAGUUUAUGAAUUAUCUCAAUAACCAUUCUCGCGACAAAUCGAUACCAAUCGAGACUCAACAUGCCAGAGAUCCUGGUGGGGAUCCAGAGAUAUCCAACAGUCAAGUGUCUUUGUAUCGCUACAUGGAGGAACUGAAAAACGAUAAAAAGUAGAGGCACAUAACGAAUAUUCGAUAAUUUGUAAGAACAUAAAAUGUUUUGAAGAGUGUCUAUAUGUCUAGUGCAGUAAAUAGGAAACUUUUUUUGUUUAUUUUUUUUAUCUGGGGCGAUUUACCGUUUUUUAUUUUUGUUUGUGUAAUGAGGGCAUAGGUACGAUGGGAAAUUUCACUUUGAAUAAAACGAUAAGUAGGGAGAA